GUCAGAUUUCUCGGCGCGGGGCGGAACUGAGUAACAGCGAAUCCAACAACAAGCAGAGCCCCGCCGGACACACAACAGUCUUCUCCAUACAACAUUUAAUCUCUUUGCAAGAGUCUUAUCUAUACACUUAAUUUACUACAGGAUAAGCAAAUAUGGCGGAUGAAAGUGAGAUGGAGGGAAUUGCCGCCAGGGCCCUCAACACAGGGAGUGAAACAGGCGCAUUAGUGGAGGUCAUGUUUGAGAAAAACCCCUAUCAGACCCAGAAGUACCUGGAGGCAGAACCAAAAGCCUUAGGGGUAACACAGAUUAUGUUGGCUCUCUUUUACUUGAGUGCAGUAUAUUUGAAUUGGGAGUCCAAUUAUGGCCAAACUGCAGUCAUCAUCAGCGCUAGCCUUUCUCCAGCUAGCAUAAUAGCUGGUAGUGUGGCAAUAGCAGCACAGAAUCUUAACCUUACUACACUGAAGGCCUGCUUGGGGAUGCAGGUUGUGGCCUGUGUGUUUUCAGUGUUGUGCUUUUUCAUCAGUUCGAGUCUAAUGGUAGAACAUUCCUUCCAUCACUACUGCUGGCACUACGUUGACAAUAGCACAUUAGAAAAAAAGAUGUGUGAAAGACUGUGGUCCAUUGCUGAGCAUAUCACCGGAAUAGAGUUGCUUGUGCAGGCGACACAGAUUGCUCUCUCUGCCACCCUGGCUGCUUUCUGCUGCAAAGUAAUUCAGUGCUGCUCACCAAAGAGGAAUGUGCCUGUUGUUGUGGUGAACACACCCCCAGGUCCACAGUGAUGGAAGAGUCACAACCCAUGUAGCUACAGCUUCUGUUUUACACAGAUGCAUUAUAAAUGUACUUACAUUUACUAAUACUCACAUAUUUGUUAUAUGUAAACAGCCUAAGGUACACAGUUCAACAUGAAUUACAUGUAUUCAAGUAUUAAAAUAACCUCAUUAAUAUAAUUUCCCCUUUUAAAAAAAGGUAUCAAUCAUAUUUUGUGAUAUUAAAACCACUUAUGAAGUAUGUGAAUUGAAUAAGA